ACUGGGGAACUGCAUAGACAUCGACUCCGUGGCAGUGGUGCAACACAAGCUGGUGCAUAAGAUUGUAGGUGGUAAGAUGUCCACGCCCGUGCUGUAUUAUCUGCCUCCGAGUCCGCCCUGUCGCAGUAUUCUGCUGCUGGCCAAAAUGCUCGAUCUGAACUUUGAGCUGAAGAUCGUCAACAUACUGGAGGGGGAGCAGCUGAAGCCUGACUUUGUGGCCAUUAACCCACAGCACUGUGUGCCCACCAUGAACGAUGAGGGAUUGGUGCUAUGGGAAAGUCGCGCUAUUCUCUCCUAUUUGGUUGCCGCCUACGCCAAGUCCGACGAGCUGUAUCCCACGGAUGUACGCGUGCGAGCCAUGGUGGAUCAGCGCCUACACUUCGAUCUGGGCACACUCUAUCAGCGCCUCACCGACUUCUAUUUUCCCACAAUGUUCAUUGGCGCCCCCCUGGACGAGGGCAAACGCGCCAAGCUGGCUGAAGCUGUUGGCUGGUUCAAUUCAAUGCUCGAAGGUCGGGAAUAUGCAGCUGCAGAUCAUUUUACCAUUGCGGAUUUGACACUACUCGUUACCGUAUCCCAGCUGGAGGCCUUCGGCUUCGAAAUUAGGCCCUAUAAACAUGUCAAGCAAUGGCUGGAGCUCUGCAAGCAGCACAUGGCGCCCUACGACUACGAAGAACUGAACGCCAGCAAAGCGGCUAUGUUGGCCGACAUGUUCAAGGCGAAGAUGAAUCAAACAGGUAGCACCUAA